GUGGUUAGAGUAAAAGACGUUGCAACGUUUUGUGAAUCAAUUCAUUCGAGUUUGAGUGUGCAAUUCGUUCUUAAGAAGAAACGUGGGAUUUUGAAAAGAAGCCUACAAUUUCUUUUACAUGUUUGCGUUGUGGGGGAAUAAUGGAAGGAUUUGCGGAUUUUUUUACUGACAAGAUAUGUGUGUGUUGUUUGUUGUUUGACUAAGAAAAAAGUACCCCUGAAGUUGAUGAGUAAGGCGUGCCCGGCAGCUCUAAGUCUGAAACAUGGAUAAAACUGAAAGAUACAAAGAUGAAAGUAAAGUUCUGAGUUCAAGUGUGACUUCAUUUGGAAUUGUGUGAUGAGGCGCAUUAUUUUUGCCAUUGAGUGAACUGACCAGGGUUAGUAUGAAGUGACAUGGCGCGGUGUGACCGUGGGAUUCAAAUGCUACUGACCACCUUAGGCGCGUUCGCCGCCUUUAGUUUGAUGACAGUUGCCAUCGGCACGGACUACUGGCUCUACUCCCGUGCGUACAUCUGUAACGCCACGAACAUCACAUCGGACGAAACUCAGAUGCAACCUAAGAAAACUAAGGGCGAUCUCACGCACUCUGGUCUCUGGAGAAUAUGUUGUAUUGAAGGUAUGUACCAAGGAAGCUGUUUUCGGAUCAACCAUUUUCCGGAUGAAAACGACUACGACACGGACAACUCGGAGUACAUUUUACGCAUCGUCCGAGCCUCCAGUCUGUUCCCCAUCCUGAGUGCCAUCUUGCUGCUGCUUGGCGGUCUGUGUGCGGGCGUCGGACGCGUCUACAGCAGCAACAACAACAUCGUGCUCAGCGCCGGCAUCCUGUUUGUGGCAGCAGGCCUCAGCAACAUCAUCGGCAUCAUUGUUUACAUCUCCAGCAACACGGGCGACCCGAGCGACAAGAAGGACGAGGACAGGAAGAGCACGUACACCUACGGCUGGUCCUUCUACUCGGGCGCGCUCUCCUUCAUCGUGGCCGAGACCGUCGGCGUGCUGGCCGUCAACAUGUACAUCGACAAGAACAAGGAGGAGCACAUGAAGGCGCGCCGCGACUUCCACAAGUGCCCGUCGUCCUCGUCGGCGCGGCAGCCCUGCUCCUCGUCCUCGCCGUACACGCGCAUCCCCAGCUACCGCUACCGGCGCCGGCGCUCGCGCUCCAGCUCGCGCUCCACCGAGCCGUCGCGCGACGCCUCGCCCGUGGGCCUCAAGAUGGCCGCCUCGGCCUCGGCGUCCUCCUCGCUGCCGCUGGCCGACAUCUCCAUGUACACGCUGGGCCGCGAGCACCACAUGCAGGGCGCCGGGGCCGGGCCGGGGGCAUCGCUGGGGGCCUCGCUGGGGGCCAUGGGGCCCUACAGCCCCCAGAGGGAGCCGCCGGGGUUCCUACAGGUGCACAACUGCUUCCCCAAAGACACACUCAAGGACACCCUCAACCGCCGUACCACGCCCGUAUGAGAGGUGGGGGGGAAACGACGACGGCGGCCUUGAGAGACGAUGCGUUCUCUCUUGUACUGGACGUCGAUGUCUCUGUAGGGUGCUGUGCUGUGAAGGGGUGAUCUUAAAACAAAGCACAAAAUAUGGUGGACAGAGUAUUGGCCGUACCAAGAAGACAGAAAAGUCGGCGUUAGACUAAUACAAUUGUAGCAUCGGACAGAUACUACGCAGGUGGAUUGCUUUGCUCUAUAGAACUACAUUAAGUCAGAAUUGUUUAUGUAGCAAUAUUCUUUUUUUAGAGAUUGAACAGUAAAACUACUAGUGUUCUGCUAAAGAACCCUAAUGGUGUUUUGUAGUGCGGGACAGCAUUGUCAUUGUUUUGGCCACUGUACUAACAUUGCAAGGAAACCGGUGCUAAUAUUACUGUUGGAUCAGAGUAACCCUGUCCACUCAUAGUUGCAUUGGACUUAUCCACGGGGCCAUGUGGGAUUCUGUGAUGGACUGAACAAAGACAUUUUGUACACCCUGCUUUGAGCCACUGCCAUAUAUAUAUAUAUUCUAUGUGUUUACAGCCCUUCUUAAAGCUAUGAAGUUGUGUUGGUUGGAGCUGGUGAUUGAUGCUGUGAUUCCUACUCUGUGCAUUGAACAUUCCAAACACUGAAGAUAUGACUCUUUAUCUUUAUCUGCUCAGGGAAGUUGUUGAUGACUGCUUGACUAAAAAGGGAACAAUUUUAAUCUUAAGGUCUAUAUACAGUAUAUAUAUAUAAAUAUACUCAUGUAUGUGUUGUUAUGGGCCCACGUGCUAUAUGUGUACUGUGUUUCUUUCACCCCAUAACUGAAUCCACAAAGAGCAUGGAAGUAAGUCAGUUGCUGUUGUCCUCUUACUUUAUUUUCCCACUUUACUCCUUCUCAGUUAUUGUAAACAGCAAAAUUGUGCCCUUUCUUUCUCUGGAGCCAAUCCUUUUGGCAUCACAAAACUUGAACAGGGUUAAGGAUGGACACACACACACACACACUCACACACAGUCUGAACACUGGUCUCGUUCGCACCCUCGAUGCUUAUGCUGUGCACCAGACAUAUUUUCUCACUAAUGAGGCUAGCCAGCUUGCCUGUGAGACCUGCUAGACUUUAUUCACAUAGGAUAGGGCAAACGUGAUGAGGCUAAAAAGAUGAACGUUCACACACUUCAAUGGUAAGAUUGCCUCACCUCACUCUGAAAAGUGCCCCUGUCCCCACCACUUGGAGCCAGGGGAGGACUGGGGCGAUGAUAUCUUGGCUGGAACCGAAAAGCAUCCAAUUCUCUGUCGGCCUACUGAAUUCGUGCAAUUUCAUAAAUGGCAUCUUCCCAAUGGAUAUUGAUUGCUACACAUCUUUCUUUAAAGUGAACAAGAGCAAGAGCCUCAGUGUGUGUGUGUGUGUGUGAGCCAGUGAGAGGGAUGUGGUGGAGGUCUGCAGGAGAUGUAGUCUCAGCUCUUAAAAGGGCAUGAAUGAGUCAUGAUCAGUCGUGUCUGCUGGGCCCUUUCUUUGGAGUAAUGGCCUCUUUUUGGCAGGAAACACUCCCGUAAAUCAUUUCUUCCUGCUACCGAAGCGCCGGCCAAGUGGUAAUGUGUCUCUUCAGUCCUGCUGUAAAGCAUUUUACCAACACUGUCUGUCCUCUCUUCAUGCCCACACCUUCACUGAGGCAGAUGUAGGAGAGUAGCCAUGUUUAGCGAGGAUAAAAGAUGGAUCUCUUAGUGAUAGCAUUUGAGACUGAGUGAUGUUCAAAAUUCAUUACGUUCUCAGACAUGUGCUCU